AUGAUAUACAGAGUUGUAGAUUUUCCAAAUUUAUGUGAUAUAGAAGAAUCUGAAAUAUAUAUUAUGAAAAAUGUGGCUGUUAAAACAAUAAUUCAUUCAUGCCGUGCAAAUUCUAACAAGAAAACCAAAACAAUUGUCACAAUUUCUGAUUCUGAUGAUAAUUGUGAUGAUAAUAAUAAUAAAGAAAAUUUAAACUUAAAUUCCAAUGAGCUUGAAUAUCAAGAGAGGGAACUAGCUUUAAAAGAACGUCAAAUUUUAUUAAGAGAACGUGAAGCAAAAGUUCAUGUAAUGGAACUGUCCAACCUUGAGAAGGGCGGGAGUUAA